CAAAAAAAUAAAAAUAAAAAAGGCAAGAUAGAGGAAGUGUUGCAAGAUUAAACCUUUGCUUGUAGUUGGUGUUUGUAGCGAGCUAAUAUGUAAUAUCAUGGCAACCACCUCCUCCUCCUCCUCCUACUUUCCUUUCACUACUACUUUUCCGUUCACCUAUGAUGCUUUUCUCAGCUUCAGAGGUGAGGAUACCCGUUCUGGCUUCACUGGCUAUCUCUAUUACUCUCUCACAAAUAGGGGAAUCAAGACUUUCAUUGAUGAUGAGGAGCUUGGGAGAGGGAAGGAGAUCGCAUCCUCUCUUUUCACUGCAAUCGAACAGUCCAGGGCCGCAGUCGUUGUGCUCUCUAAGAAUUAUGCUUCUUCUUCAUUUUGUUUGGAUGAACUUGUCAAGAUUCUUGAGUGUGUUAAGGGAAAGGGCAGGUUGAUUAUUCCUGUUUUCUAUGACGUGGAUCCUUCUCAUGUGCGGAAGCAGACAGGGACUUAUGGAGAAGCAUUGGCUGUGCAUGAGGCUAAUAAUGUGGAGAGGCUUAAGAGAUGGAAAAUGGCUUUGGAGAAAAUAGCAGACUUGUCUGGUUAUCAUUUCAAACACGGGGAUGGAUAUGAGCACAAGUUUGUUGCCAAGAUUGUUGGACAUGUAUCAAUAGAGAUUAAACGUGCCACUUUACCUAUUGUAGAUCACCCAGUUGGAUUGGAUUCCCAAGUGGAAAAUGUAAUUUCCCUUUUGAAUGUUGGGUCUAGUGAUGGAGUUUGCGUGCUCGGGAUUCAUGGAAUUGGUGGAAUAGGUAAAACAACACUGGCUGUGGCAGUGUAUAAUUGGCUUGUCAAUCAUUUUGCAGUUUUAUGUUUUGAAAAUAUGUGUUUCCAUGAAAAUACAAGAGAGAAUUCAAAUAAAUAUGGAUUAAAACAUCUGCAGAAGACCCUUCUGUUUGAACUAGUUGGAGAAAAUAAAGUUGCAUUGAUGAGUGUUAGAGAAGGAAUAUCAAUGUUAAAGCAAAAACUCCAACGAAAGAAAAUUCUUUUGAUUCUAGAUGACAUUGACCAACAAGAGCAAUUAGAUGCUCUAGCUGGAAAUCUUGAUUGGUUUAGUCCUGGUAGUAGAGUUAUCAUCACAACUCGGGACACAAGUUUGCUAUCAAGGUAUGAGGAUAGAAUAACAUAUGAGUUAGAUAAGUUGACUGAUGAAGAUUCUCUAGAAUUGCUCAGUUUCAAAGCUUUAAAAAUUAACAAAGUUGAUCCAAGUUACUUAGACAUCUUGAGCAGUGUGGUAACUUAUGCUUCUGGCCUACCAUUGGCUUUGGAAGUUAUGGGAUCCAACUUUCUGGGCAAAAGUAUAGAACAGUGGAAAUCUGCAUUAGAUCAAUACAGAAGAAUUCCCAAUAAAAAGAUACAAAAUGUGCUUAAGGUAAGCUUUGAUGGAUUGGAGGAAUUUGAGAAGGAAAUUUUUCUUGAUAUUGCUUGUUGUUUCAAUGGAUGUGAAUUGAAAGAUGUCAAAAGGAUACUUUGUGCUCAUCAUAAUGUCGACACCUUGGAAUAUGGACUUAAAGUGUUGGUUGAAAAAUCACUAAUAAAAAUGGAUGCAUAUCGUGGAAUAAUCUUGCAUGCCCUCAUUCAAGACAUGGGUAGAGAAAUUGUGCGUCAAGAAUCACCAAAAAAGCCUGGGAAGCGUAGUCGAUUAUGGCUCCUCGAAGAUAUAGUUCAAGUUUUUGAAAUGAAUAUGGGAUCUGACAAAAUUGAAAUGAUACAUAUGGAUUUUCCCAAGUUUGAAAAAGUAAUAAGAUGGGAUGGAGAGGCUUUCAAGAAAAUGAGAAAUCUCAAAACACUAUUUAUUAGGCAUACUUAUUUUUCCCAAGGUCCCAAGUAUCUUCCAAAUUGUUUAAGAGUGUUGAAUUGGGAGGAAUAUCCUUCACCUUGUUUACCACUUGAUUUUCAUCCGGAGGGACUUGUCAUAUUCCAAUUAUCCGGCAAGAGUAUACAGUCAGUUAGGUUUCUUGAAAAGCAAAAGUACAUGAGCUUGACGGUCAUAAAUCUUGAUCAUUCUAAUGUAGAAGAGAUACCUGAUAUAUCCGGAGUCCCAAAUUUAGUAAACCUAUCAUUGAAUAUGUGCUUGAAUUUAAUUAAAAUUCACGAAUCAAUUGUAUUCUUAGAUAGACUUAGCAUAUUGAGUGCUCAAGGUUGCAGGAGGCUUAAGAGAUUUCCAUCUAUCAAGUUGACCAAUCUUGUACAUCUCUGUCUUUCAGGGUGCUCUAGUCUUGAACAUUUUCCAAAAAUGUUAGGGAAAUUAAAGAAUAUACUAACAAUUUAUUCGGAUGGUACUCUGAUAAAAGAAUUGCCAUCUGCUAUUAAAAGGUUUUGUUUGAUUAGCCAUUCAAGUAUGAUAAAACAUGGAGCAAGUUCCCCACCAGCACUAAGUUCCCCAAUUGUCAUGUCUCCAGAUGAAGAGAAAGUGACUUCUGAGAGGUCUGAAGUAGAUGUUGAAGAAGAACAAGGGAGUCCAAUGGCACCUUUGGAGGCAAAACAUUCUGCCUGCAAACUACCAGAUUUGCUCCAUGAAUCUUUUACAACUUAUCUUACCUGGUUUCGCAAUGUGGAAGAUUUAGACCUGUCAGAGCAUAAUUUCACAGUUCUUGAUGAAAGCCUCAAAGAACUUUGCUCCUUGAGGUCACUUAGUUUGAAUGGCUGCAGAGAACUUCGAGAAAUUAAAGGGAUUCCACCAAACAUAAAGUAUUUCUCUGCAAGAAACUGCAUAUCCUUGACUUACCCCAGCAAAAACAUGUUACUUAACAAGGAAUUGCAUGAGGAUGGAGCCAAGGAUUUUGUUCUUCCAAGUAGUAGCAUUCCAAAGUGGGUGGAGCAUAGUAGCAACAAUGAUUCAAUUUCUUUCUGGUUUCACAACAAGCUUCCUGAAAUCUCUUUAUGUGUUCUUGUUGGACCUGCAGUUGAUUUUUCGCGUACACACAUUUGUCCGGAGUUUAUCAUCAACAGCAGCAGAGGUCAAGCGGAACAUCUUGAAUCAGUGGAGACAUCCAAUCAAUUAGUGGAUCAUAUAUUUAUUACUGAUCCAAAAUUGAUGAAGUCCAAAGUGAAUGAAGUGAUUUUAGAAAAUGAAUGGAAUCAUGUUGUGUGUACAAUUAAGUCUUGUGGCCAAAGGGGACCAGCUAUCAAGAAACUUGGAAUCUAUUUUCACAAAGAUAGAAGUAGCAUGGCGAAUAUUCAAUUUAUUGAUCCUCUGUUGCAUAAAGAAGAGUUGAUCAUGGGAAAUUUUCAGGUAAAUAUGCAACAACAGAAGUAUAUGGCAUCACAUGAAAGGAGGCUUUCAUUGGAUCUUCCUUUAGGAAUGAGUUUUUCAUUGAAUGAUCAUGUGAGCAGGGAACCAAAUUCCAGUGUGCAAGGCCCAUGUGUUGAUGAUUUAUGUACACUAAGGUUGGGCUUAGACUACAUUGACCUGCCUUGUCAUGCAUCUUCAGAAAGGGAUAAUGGUUCAGGUUCAACAUUGUUAAGCUUAGCAAGUAAUGAUACUGCUAAUGAUAGGGAAAGUAAUGAUGAUUUAUGGAUGUAUAGCAAGGAGUUAUCCCUGCGCCAAUGUUGGCAAGAACCUUUGGACUCUCACCUGAGAUCAAAUUUAAUGCAAUUAACAUCCACACGCUACAACAUUAGAGAUGAAGAGACAGCCCAAGCAGUGCUGGAUCACCCUGCUAAUAUACUGGCAGAAUAUUCUCAAUCCCCAUUUUUGGCUGAGACACAAAACCUUCAAGCUCCAUUAUUUCCCUCUUCAUUAAGUGGAAUGGCUAUUAGAGAAGAAUUUCAUCACAAAACAUGUUGCACUGUGCUGCCAACGACGACAGAUGAUGAUGCUGAUGAUCUAGAAAUGGAAGGAUUCUAUGCUUCUCUUGAUGCUGAGACCAAUGUCAUUCCAUUUUCUCCAAAUGAAGAGACCAUGGAAGCACUGAAAAUAGCACUAGACUUCAUCACCAAUAAUAAUGAUGCUUCAGUGUUCUUGGAUGCUCAACAUUGCAGCAUCAUGAAAACCAGCUUAGAUUAUCUCUCCAGUUUGUCUGCUAAUGAUGGUUUAUCAGGUGCAAUGAGAGCAUUGAUAUCUGAAGCUUCAACUGUGUUUGCACAUUGUAGUAGUAGCUACAUUGAAGCAAAUAUGAAAGUUGAGUCCACUGCUUCAGAGCUGUUGAGGGCUGAUAACUUAAAAUCUGACCUUGAAAAUAACAAGAAUCAGUUCAAUGAUACGGUGGCGUCAGAAAAAGAACUGCGGCAAAAGUUGGCACGUUUGGAGGAAAUGAAAGAGGAGCUAGAAAAGCAAAUCAGAACUACUAAUGCUAACAUCAUGGCUUCUCGAAAAGAACAGAACACGACUCGAAAGAGAAAGAGAGAUGUCUAUGUGGAAGGAAAGGCACUCAAAGCUCAAAUGGAUGUGAUGAAUGAGAAAGUACCACGUUUGCAACAUGAGCAUGACUUGGCAAAGGAAAACCAGGAAAAAAUCAAAGCUGAAUGGUCAGAUUUUGGAGAAAAAUUUAAAAAAGAUUGUUGUAAAGUCAGCUGUACAAGAUUACCAAGAGGAGUUUGGUUUUGUCCUUAAGCAACAAGUGCAUGACAAAAAUUUUAAUUUCUAUUAAGUCCACUAUAUCAUAUGUUUUCCUUUAGAUAGUGUCAAGCCUUUAGGAUAAUAAUUUCACAAUCCUUGCUGACUGCUGCAUGGAUCACAGAUUGUUGUCUUCUUUGGAGACUAUCUAAAUCAGUGCAUUGAAUCUCAGAAAUUAAGGAUAUUCUGCUAUAGAGAACAAUGUAAUUACCAUAUAGAGGUUGCUCUUCA